AUGGAACUACGCCACUCCAUCUUGUGGCCGGACAAGCCACUAGAAUAUGUCAUACUUCCGGAAGAUGCAGUCGGUCACCACUUCGGCGCCUUCCUCCCUUCGGAUGACCAACUUGUCGCUGUGAUAUCGCUCUUCGAAGAAGGAGUCCCUGCAGAGGUAUCACCUCAGCCCAGCAUUACCUCCACGUCUGAAAGCCCACGCGCCGUACGCUUCCGCAAAUUCGCUUGUGCUUCUAGUUAUCAGGGGCGCGGGAUAGGCACAGAACUACUGAGGCAUGUCUGCGAUUUUGCCAAGGUCAGGAUGGGCGCAAAGACGAUAUGGUGUGAUGCUCGCACAUCCAGCCUUGAUUGGUAUCAGAAACGCGGGUUAAGCCCAUUUGGGCCUCGCUUUUACAAGGGACCCGUAGAGUACGUUCGGAUUCGGAUGGAUCUUUGAGAGUUAGUCGAGCGAUAGUCGCUCUUCUCGGUUCCCAAAAUCUGGCGAUGACACGUAUAUCACAGCCGUGAAAUGGGUACAUGGAAAAAUACAAAUUUUG